CAAGGAACAGGAGCAUCCUCCAGUUGUCCUGUGAGCUGAAAACUUUCCUCUCUCCUUUGGAAAAUGAUUCGCUUAUUCCAUGCCAUGAAGAAGGCCUUGCACAUGAAAUCAGUGCUCCAGAGACCCAAGAAGUCCUUCAUCCCAUCAUCUCUCCUUCCCACAGCCCACCAAAGAUUUUCCACAGCCUCUGCUAUUCCCCUGGCAAAAACAGAUGCUUGGCCAAAAGAUGUGGGCAUCCUUGCCCUGGAGGUCUACUUUCCUGCCCAGUAUGUGGACCAGACUGAGCUGGAGAAGUAUGACAGUGUGGAAGCUGGCAAAUAUACAGUGGGCUUAGGCCAGACCCAAAUGGGCUUCUGCUCUGUUCAAGAGGACAUUAACUCCCUGUGUUUGACAGUGGUGCAACGGCUGAUGGAACGCACCAAGCUCCCUUGGGAUAAUGUAGGGCGGCUGGAGGUGGGCACAGAGACCAUCAUUGAUAAGUCCAAAGCCGUCAAGACGGUGCUCAUGGAACUCUUCCAAGAUUCAGGGAACACGGACAUAGAGGGCAUUGAUACUACCAAUGCCUGCUAUGGAGGUACCGCAUCUCUCUUCAAUGCUGCCAACUGGAUGGAGUCGAGCUCCUGGGACGGUCGCUAUGCUAUGGUAGUGUGUGGUGACAUUGCUGUCUAUGCCAGUGGGAAUGCUCGGUCUACUGGUGGGGCAGGGGCUGUGGCUAUGCUGAUUGGGCCCAAUUCUCCCCUAGUCCUAGAACGAGGACUUAGAGGAACCCACAUGGAGAAUGUAUAUGACUUCUAUAAACCUGACCUGGCCUCAGAGUACCCUGUGGUGGAUGGAAAGCUCUCAAUCCAGUGCUACCUUCGAGCCUUAGAUCGAUGCUAUGCAUUUUAUCGAAAGAAAAUCCAGAAUCAGUGGAAACAAGCUGGCACCGAAAGACCUUUCACCCUGGAUGAUUUCCAGUACAUGAUUUUCCAUACCCCUUUCUGCAAGCUAGUCCAAAAGUCCGUAGCACGUCUGAUGUUCAACGACUUUUUGUCAGCCAAGACGGAUGUUCAGAAUAGCCGCUACAAGGGUCUAGAGGCUUUCAGGGAUUUGAAGCUGGAAGAUACCUACUUCAACAAAGAUGUAGAAAAAGCUUUUCAAAAAGCUUCUCAAGAUAUAUUCAACCAGAAAACCAAAUCUUCGCUCAACCUCUCCACUCUAAAUGGGAACAUGUACACCUCUUCCCUCUAUGGGUGCCUGGCGUCCCUCCUCUCUCAACACACUCCCCAGCAGUUGGCUGGGGCCAGAAUUGGUGCCUUCUCUUAUGGCUCUGGCUUGGCAGCAAGUUUAUUUUCAAUCAAAGUUUCCCAGGAUGCUUCUCCUGGAUCUCCCCUGGAAAAAUUAAUGUCUAGUGUAUCAGAUUUGCCAAAACGCCUGGCCUCCCGCAAGCGUGUGUCCCCUGAGGAAUUUUCUGAAAUCAUGACCCAGAGAGAGAAAUAUUCCCAUGAAGUGAAUUUCUCUCCUCCUGGUGACGUAAACAGCCUCUUCCCAGGCACAUGGUACCUGGAACGAGUGGACGGGAUGCAUCGCCGCAAGUAUGCAAGGCGGCCUCUCUAGGAGGAACAGAUGGACCAUUUGCCUGUGGUGAAUCAUCAGGCCCAUCCAGGCACAGGAUGAAAUGGGCUUCAGAAGAUACUGAUCACGAGCAACGCAGAAAGUCCACAUUUCUGCUUCCAGCAGCAAAAACCUGCCCUCAACUGUCAAAGCACCGCAUGGGCUGGACCAAAUCAACAUGUGCACACAGCAUGGAGCUUUCGCUAGCAAUGCAUUCCAGCGAAGAACGACUUGCAGAGCCUUCUCCCUUUGAAGACCACCAGCACCCACACACACAUCCCCUGUGUAUGAAGCACAUUUAUGAAACCAAGUACAAAGGACCCUUAGUGAAGGGGACAAAGAUGGAAGACACAAAGUGAAAUCUACCAUUUAUCCCCAGGAGAGUAACAUGAGUGAAAUCUUUACUGUAUUCUAUUCAAUUCAACAAGCAUUAUUAAGUGCCUACUAUGUGCCAGGUUACCAGUCUAGGAACAGAAAGAUUCUAAAAUAAAAACAUUCCUUGCUUUCAAGGAACUCGCUCUCUAAUAGGGAGAGAUAGGACAUAUAUACAAAUAAAUACAUUACUAGUUAGAAUAAGGGCAAAAUAAGAGUCUUGGCAAAGAAUAAUAACACAUUUAGUACUUUUAGGUUCACAAAGUGCUUUCUUCAUAAUAAAUAUGUGAAGUAGUAAGCAGCAGAAGAAAUAUGAGAUAGAAGGGCAGAGAUGGGGAACAAGGUCAAGAAAGAAUUCUCAAAAUCAGAGAAUUUUAUUUUAUUUUUAUUUUUAUUAUUUUUACCAGUUGCAUGUAAAAAACAAUUUUUUGAUUAUACAUGUACACUCAUUUUUAUAUGUUUCUUUAUGGAUCAUGUUUGGACAGAAAAAUCAGACUAAAAGAGAAAAAGCAAAAGGGAAAAAAAACAGGAGAAAAAAACAAAUGUUAAAAUAGUAUGUGAAAAUCAGAGAAAUUUAGAACCAGAAGGGACCUGAGUCAAAUCCCAGUCUAUCAAAGUCCAUCAACAUUCCCAUUAUAUUAUAGUUGACAAGUGGUCUUCUACAUCCAGGAUUCCCAGACUAUGCCCAGUGGCACCCAGAAUGUCAAAGUGAACUCAUAGGGGCACAAAAGAAUAUUUAUAUUUCUGACCUAACUACUUGAUGCAUAGAAAUAUAAGUAUUUCUUUUGGACGAAGAGUACCAUGAAAAAAAAUUACCAAGACAAUAAGGGUGUUAUGAACAGAGAAAGUUUGGGAAUCAAUUAUCUACAUGAAGACUUCCAAAGAGAGGAUCCCCGUCAUCCCCCCUCCAGGCUGCCCAUUCCAUUUGGGGAUAUCUCUCAUUGGUAGGUGAUAUUGACUGAGAUCCCACCCAAGUUUACUUCUCUGUAAUUUCCAUUAUUGCUCUUGUUUCUUCCAUUGGGAAGAACUCCUCCCCCAAAUGGCAUCCCUUAAAAUCCUUGAAGACAUCUAUCAUGCUAGAAGAAAAGCACUGAAAGAGCAGAAGAAUUUCAAUAAGUGAAAUGUGGAGGCAGGAAAUUCCAGACAUUGGAAUUCAAAUGUACAAAGACAGAAAUUCAAGAGAAGCCAAGGCAAGGUCCAGAAAUAAUUAAUUAAUAGAUCUAGAGACUCAUGACACAAA